UUCCCAUGUCAUAAAAAAAAAAAAAACUAAAACCCAAUUUAGAAAAUGAAAUCAAUAAGAAAGUAUAAAACUUCAUAGAUGAAAAUAAAAGAUCAUGAAGCCAUGUGGUGUCUCAUUGCUUGGCCAAAAGGAAAGCGAUUUCUUCAUUCUCAAUCAACGAAUUUCAAGCUCAGCUCAUCUCUCGCUUUCUCAUUUUCCAUGGAUUAAAUAUUCUCUUAUACUUGCUGCCAAAGCAAGUCAUCGAACUAUUCUAAUUAUGAUCGAAAAUAAUAAGUCGUCAUACAAAAUAGAUAAAUCAGACGACAAACGAAAAAUAUAUAUCAAAGGGAACAAAAGAAUUGGAUGUAAGGAAAUAUAAAAGAGAGUAGAAAAACAUCAAAAUAAUAAAUAAUCUUACAAAAUUCACUCUUAAAAAGUUUCCCAAAGAGACUGCUUAAUUUGGAUGCUACCAAAAAGGAAAGGAUUUCAAUUUACAGGAGAACAUGUUCUUCCAAUAACCAAAAAUAAAAAAUAAAAAAAUAAGGAGGACUUAUACUUUCCUUUUUAGGAGGAGCACAAAAAACAGUAAAUGUUUUCUUUAAAAUGAAUAGAGUUAUUAAGAUUGGAGAUCAAUCAGCUCCUUCUGUAUAUGACUGCUCAGUUGAUCCUUCUGUUUUGCAAGAUUUGAAGGAGAUAGCAUCACUGAUUAAGAGUGGAGCGUAUAAUAGUGAAGUAAGGAAGAUAUACAGGGCUAUGAGAUUGACCAUGAAACUCAGGAAGAAAUUGAAGGGUCCAAUACUAUCUGCUUUUCUGAAUUAUGCCCUUGGCCCUGGUUCUGAGGUCCAUGCGCGGGUAUCUUCAUACAUGUCACAGGACAGACAUGACAACCAAGUUGAUGUGGAAAUGUCUGAAACUGAAGCCCGUUCAAAAAGUCUGGUGCCUGAGCUUGAAAUUUAUUGCUACUUGCUUGUUCUAAUAUUUCUGAUUGACCAGAAGAAAUACAAUGAGGCUAAGGCUUGUUCCUCAGAAAGCAUCACUCGUCUAAAAAGUAUGAAUAGUACAACUGCUGUUCUUGCAUCAAGACUCUACUUCUACUAUUCUUUAAGUUAUGAACUUGCUGGUGAUCUUGCUGAAAUCCGAGGUAACUUGCUUGCGUUGUACCGGAGUGCAACUGUACGCCAUAAUAAGUUGAGUCAGGAAACACUUCUUAAUCUGUUACUGCGAAAUUACCUUCACUACAACUUGUAUGAUCAAGCAGAAAAAUUUCGUUCAAAGGCCCACCAAGUCGAAGCUCUUUCUAAUCAACAGUUUUGCAGAUACCUUUUCUACCAGGGUAAGAUAAAGACAAUUCAGUUAGAGUACACAGAUGCCAAAGAUUCUCUUCUGCAAGCUGCCCAGAAAGGUCCAAUGUCUGCAGUUGGUUUCCAAAUACAAUGCAAUAAGUGGGUUAUUAUAGUCCACUUAUUGCUUGGAGAGAUCCCUGAGAGGACUAUUUUUACACAGAAAAGAAUGGAGAAAGCAUUGAGACCAUACUUGGAGCUGACAAAUGCUAUUCGUAUUGGAGAUCUAGAGUUAUUUAGAACAGUAGCUGAGAAAUUUUCCAGCACUUUUAGCCAAGACAGAACAAGUAACUUGGUUAUCAGGCUCAGGCAAAAUGUCAUUAGGACAGGGCUCAGAAACAUCAGCACCUCGUACUCUCGUAUUUCAUUGGCUGACAUUGCCAAGAAACUAAACUUGGAUUUUGAAAAUCCAGUUGAUGAUGCUGAGAACAUUGUAGCAAAAGCAAUUCGAGAUGGUGCAAUUGAUGCCACAUUGGACCAUGCCAAUGGAUCGUUGGUAUCAAAGGCAAAUGGAGAUGUUUACUCCACAAAUGAGCCUCAACUUGCUUUUGACUCAAGAAUUGCCUUCUGUCUUAAUAUGCACAAUGAGGCUGUCCUUGCAUCGAUUUCCAGAAAAUUUGAGAAAUAAAGGAAGUGUAGCAACGUAGAGAGAGGCUUUUAAUAAAAACAAAUCUGGUAGGAUUAUCACAUGGAUUAAAGUUACAUACACUUAUACAGUAUCAAUGCAAUUUAACUUGAUAUAGCAUGUUAUUAUUCUAUUUUAUAAGUUAUCAUAUCAUCUUGCUAUG